AUUUUGGGCAUUUUAAACUUUAGAAUUCUCCACUAUGUAUGCAAAAUGUGUCUCUCAAAAGUAUGUUUUGUCUCUGAGUAACAAAUCGUCCAGAAAUGGCGCCGCUUUCAUUGUUUACGUCCAGACAAGUACAGAACAGUCAUGGUUCCCUGGGAAACAGAUGGUCCUGAUUUUGUAAGCACUGAUCUAUGGUUGUAAUAGAUUUUUUUUCCAUCACUCACUGAUGCUUUGGAGCUUUAUGCACAUUGUAACAUGGAACAGCAAGAGCCUGGCUGUGAUGCAGUACAACUCUGUAAUCAUGUGGAAAAUGAAAAUCAUGCAACAGAUGUCACAUCUGAAGCUUUGUCUCAGUGGAAGGGGUCGGAUGUACAAGUGUUGCCUAAAAGCAAGAAAAAAGCUGCCGAAAGAUUGAAAGCAUCAACAAAAAAGGGAAAAAAAGCAACCACCAUUAGCCGGGGAAAGUCUACAGCUAAAGUGGACCAUGUUGCAGCAGGCACCGAACACAUGUUCCACACACAUAUCUGCUCAGAAUGCAGACGCUGCUUUAAAACUCGCUCCCAUCUGGUGGAGCACAUGCGCCUUCAUUACCCUGACCCCAGUUUGCAGUGCCCCAUCUGCAAACACUACUUUACAAGCAAGAGUAAACUACGUGUCCAUAAACUGAGAGAGACUGGACAGAAACUCCAUCAGUGUCAUCUGUGUGAGUAUGGAGCUGUGGAACGCAACUCUCUGCGACGACACCUCACCAGUGUGCACGGACAUCAAGAGGAGGAUGCCCAAAAUACAGAGCUGUUUACAUGCCCAACAUGCCAAAAGAUGUUCAGUCAGAGUCAGGCAUUAAAGAUCCAUAUGAAGUCCCACAAUAGGACACAAGAUGGGCAGUCAUUGCUCUGCUUUCAUAAGGGGUGCUUAUUUCAGUAUACAGAAAAGAAGAAGCUUCAAAAGCAUGUGUUAGACGAGCAUCGAAUUGAGGCCAUUGAGUGCCGUCAUCAUGCCUGCAGCAUCUUCUUUGGGAGUCGAGAAGAAAUGGAAAAACAUUUCGGCACGCAUCAGGCUUAUCACUGCCCACAGUGUGACUUCUCCUGUUCAAAUAAAAGCCGUUUCCAGCAGCACAAAAGACAGGGGCAUCCAGGCAAACAGGAGCUGAAAUGCAGUUUCUGUCCUUUCUCCACCCUCAACCCUGUAGAUUUUGAUCAGCAUGUUGGUCACUUUCAUGCCAAUGAGAAAACACACCACUGUCCACAGUGCAGCUUUGCGACAGCUCACAAAAGAGUCUUAAAAAGACACAUGCUAAUGCAUACAGGUGAAAAGCCCCACAAGUGUACUAUUUGUGACUUCAGAUGUCGGGAUGAGACGUACCUCUCAAAGCACAUGUUGACACACUCCAAUGACAAGCAGCACAUGUGCUCAGAAUGUGGAUAUGUUACUAAAUGGAAACACUAUCUCACUGUGCACAUGCGUAAGCAUGCAGGAGAUCUGAGGUACAAAUGUAAUCAGUGUUCAUAUCGUUGCCACCGCAUCGACCAGCUGAACAGCCAUAAACUCCGUCACCAAGAAAAGUCUCUGAUCUGCGAGGUGUGUGCAUAUUCCUGCAAGAGAAAGACUGAACUGUACAGACACAUGCAGAUCAAGCACUCCACAAACACAGAUCUCCAACCUCCUAUUUACCAGUGCAAGUUUUGCCCCUACACAUCAAAGUACCGGCAAGCCCUGCAUAGUCACGAGAACUGCAGGCACACACGCACACGUGUGUUCUGCUGCGCGCUCUGUCGCUACACCACUUUUAGCAACACAGGCCUCUUCCUGCACAAAAAGAAAACCCACGGAUAUGUGCCCGGAGAUGUGGGGUGGCUUGAGAAGUAUGCAGAGAAAGAGAAAGAGCAGAACUCCGCGGAUUUUACUCAGAGCUUUUUCUUCAAAACUGCGGAAACUCAGAUUGCAAAUUCUGCUAACGGGGAACAUACUAAGUAUGCAAAACAAGUUAAUGAGACUAUAGAUGACUCACAAAAUAUCUCCAUAAAUGACAAUGAGAAUGAAGCAAUAGUAGCCACAACAGGAGGAAUUAGAGAACUGACUUUAGUACGGCAGGUCAGUCCUAAUAUUGUGUCUGCAAGAGAAGAGGCAUGUAAACUUUCCAAAGGACAUCCAACUCCCACUGAUGAAGAACAGUGUGAUAUCUCACUUUUCAAUUCACAAACAAGCACGGGUAACACACAGACAAAGCCUUUGCCUGCUGAGACUGUAAACAUCGGGAAUGCAGGUUUUAAUGCACCCGUUGGAGGCGACAUUGGGUAUCAUUCAUUACAUUCAGUCCACCAAAGCACCCCAGAGCCAGGAGAUGAGGACGAUGAUAACGAGACAGCUUACUGUGAGGAUCAAAGUGACACUGACAACCUACCACCAGCCACAGGAAGUGAAAGAAACAGGGAGGGACUCCAAAAUUCUGAAGUUCACCAAGAGAGCUUGAUCUCAAACUCAUAUCUAGAACCCUCAGCUUCAGAGACUCGUCUGCAGGUCAUGAGGAGACAGGAUAAAGACCAGGCUAAAGCCCUCAUACUAGAGGGCAGGGUGCAGAUGCUUGUUGUCCAGACACGGGACAGCAUGUACCAGUGUAACCGCUGCUCCUAUAUGACCAGAAAGCAGGCAGCCUUAAUCCGGCACUGCAGGUCAUCCUGCCAGGUGAUGAAAGCGGAACUACGCUGCCAGGAAUGUGGCAUGCAGUUUAAACAGCAACGUUCUUUAAACACCCAUUGUCUCAAGAAGUGCCGAUUGCAGCUUAGGAGUAGAAAGAAAUGUAACAUUGUAAGCACUGUAGGUCAAUCAGGGAGCAAUGCAUCUAUACAGGUAAAAAGCAAAUUAAAAGGAGACACCAGUACUGCUCUGAAUCAGAGUAAAUCAGGAUCCAUCACUUUGCAACCUGAAACUAUUGAAGUUACUGAUGAUACACAUUCAAGCGAGCAAGAUUCGGCUAAACCUGAAAGCCCUGCAAUAGUAAGUGUGGCUGAUUCACUGAAAACCACAUCACAAGGAAGGCAGACAAUUGUCAUGAGUAGAGAAAAUGAGAAUUUCAAUGCUAUGCCAGCUCUGGCUGAGGUCGUGGACUCCGUAAAUAAUGAGACCUCUGGCUAUAUUGAAGAUGAUGGUAGAUAUACUUGCAAACUAUGUUCUUUUUCAUCUGUCAGGAAAGUCACAAUAGAUCGUCAUUGCGCGACAUGCAGAAGAAGCACACAUAAAAAAAUAGAUCUGGCCGAAAACAGGGAGGAGUUUGAAGAAGAGUGUAGCCUUAGUGACUAUAAUCAGGAGGAAGAUGGGGCAAAUUACUCUGAAAGAGAUUCAAAGGAUAAAGAAAGACCACAAGUCUCAAAUCCCAGAUUCUCCUGUCCCAACUGUCCUUUUCAGUGCCAUCAGAAGAGAGCUUUAACAAGCCAUGAGAUAAAGGGCUGUUUGAAACCAGGUGAAGGACAGUGUCCACACUGCUCAUUUGUGGCUAAAUCUGAAAAAUCUCUAAACCAUCACACCCUGGCUCACCGGAAAGAUAAAAAGGUUACUAAAGGAAAAAUGUCAGCUAAACUUCAGUGCAAUCUUUGCUCCUUUACCUGCAAACAAGAGCGUUGUCUAACACAGCAUGUCGCUGUGAAGCACGAGGGAGUUCGACCUCACCAAUGUCGCUUCUGUGCAUUUAGUACAAUACGCCGCUACCGACUGGAGGCCCAUGAGUCCUUGCACACAGGUGUUGGGAGGCAUAGCUGUGAGAUUUGUGGCCAAACAUUUGGCACCACAUCCAGACUACGCUUGCAUCAUCAACGUAUCCACAACAAACAGGCAACACACUUUUGUUCUCUUUGUGACUACAGGGCGUAUAAUCUCAACGACAUCAGUCGCCACAACUUGAGCUGCCACACCGGUGAGCUAAACCACCAUUGCUGCAAAUGCAGUGCACGUUUCAGCUCUGAUAUUGCCCUCAAUCAACACUGCAACCGAGCACAUCCAGAGGCCAACAGCCUGUCCUGCGCUCAUUGCAGCUUCACUUGCAACCGCCAAGCUGCUCUCAAAGCUCAUUUGCGUCGUGACCACUCUGAAAUCGAGAAUGUUGCUACUAAAGUGCACUCUGAGACUCAAGAUGGUCCAGAAAAACAAAGAAAGAUCUCUGUCACCCACCAGUGCUUGGUUUGCUUCUUCAGCACCCAUAAAAAGCUUCUUCUCAUCCAGCACAUGUUAGAUGAGCAUGAAGAUGGGCCAGCGUCUGAGAAAACUCUAAAGUGUGAUGUCUGUGGUUUCUCCUGCACCCAUCAAGUGGUGUUUGACCAGCAUGUACGAUCGCAUGGAGGAACCUGCCUCUUUAAGUGCACUGAAUGUGAAUUCUCCACCAGGAAUAAGCAGAAGAUCACCUGGCACAUUCGAAUACAUUCAGGAGAGAAACCUUACCACUGUGAGAAGUGCAGCUACGCCUGUGCUGAUCCCUCACGACUGAAGUAUCAUAUGAGGAUUCACAUGGAUGAGCGCAAAUAUCUCUGCCCAGAAUGUGGCUACAAAUGCAAAUGGGUCAACCAGCUGAAGUAUCACAUGACAAAACAUACAGGGGCCAAACCGUAUUCAUGCGAGGACUGUGAGUACCGCACCAACCGUGCCGAUGCCUUGCGCAUCCACCGGGAGACACGCCACAGAGACGUGCGUUCCUUCAUAUGCGAGAAGUGUGGCAAGGCUUUCAAGACAAGCUUUCUGCUCAAGACUCACCAGAGAAAGCAUAGCGAGGAGAGACCUUACGUGUGCUCCGUGUGCCAGAAGGCAUUCCGCUGGCCUGCAGGUCUCCGCCAUCAUUACCUGUCCCACACCAAUCAGCUGCCAUUUCACUGCCUCCACUGUCCCUACAGGGCCAAACAGAAAUUUCAGGUUGUGAAACACCUUAAGAGGCACCACCCAGACUUGCCCGCGCAACAAGGUGUGGGUAAGGAUCAAGGGACCUCUAGCUUAGUUAUACAGAAGGCCUGGACUGGAGAAGAAGAUGAAAGACAAGAGGAUAGACAAACUGCUUCAGAACCAGUGCAAAAAGCAACAGAUAUUUAGCCAUGUACUGUGUCU